AUGGUGGCCAAAGUAGAUGGCUGUGUCUCACCAAUUCGUUAUUGUACAAACUACCAAGGAAGUGAUAAUACCCAAGAGGAGGAGCCCGUAUUGCCAAAUGAGAGAAGCCUCCAGAGUGCUGCUGAAAGCAAUAAUUUGGAUCUUAUGGAGAAGCUGUUUGAAAAGAAGGUUAACAUUAAUGCUGUCAACAACAUGAACCGCACAGCCCUGCAUUUUGCAGUGGGGGCAAAUCAUUUAUCUGCGGUGGAUUUCUUGUUUAAUCGAAAGGCCAGGGUGGAUGUUGCUGAUAAGCAUGGCUUGACAGUAAUUCACCUUGCAGCCUGGUCUGGAGGCCUCGAAAUCAUGCUCAUGCUGGUUAGAGCUGGAGCAGACCAGAGAGCCAUGAGUCAGGAUGGAAUGGCUGCCCUUCACUUCACAGCUCAGAGCAGUAAUGUGCGCAUUGUGGAGUACCUCACUCAAUACCUGCACCUGAAGGACCUGGACCAGGCUGAUGAGAAUGGAGAAACACCCUUCUUCCUAGCUGUUGGAGGAGGUCAUGAAGAAUGCAGCAAAGUGCUGGUGGCAGCAGGAAGUGCUAUCAACAUUCCAAAUAAACUCAAUACCAGUGCUUUGCAGAUAGCAACCCAGAAUGGCCACACAGCCCGUGCCAGCCUUCUUCUUGGGGAGAACGCUGAUCUGCACCAGAAUGUGACGCCUAAGGUGCCCGCCCUUCAUUUAGCUGUUAUCAACAACCACAGCCUGGUCAACAGCUUAUUAAGUGCACAGCAUGACAUUGACGUCUUAAAUCAGAGGCAGCAGACUCCUUUGCACGUAGCUGCCAACCUUGGAAACGUGGAUGUGGUGGAAACCCUGCUGAAGGCAGGCUGUGAUCUGAAGGCUGUGGAUAAGCAAGGGAAGACUGCCUUGGCGGUGGCCUCCCAGAGCAACCACAGCCUUGUUGUGGACAUGCUCAUAAAAGCAGAAAGAUACUAUGCCUGGAGAGAGAAGCAUGGUGAGAGCACCAGGGACGCACCAACCAACUCUCCUCUGACAUUCAAGCAAGAUCACAGCCAGGAGACCAGGCAUAUUGACCGUCUCCUCUGGAACCUGGCUUAUCGUCGGCUGAAGGCCAGCGAGUGGCAGAGGCCGGCCCGAGCAAGGAACUUCACAGAUGACCAGAUCAGAGCCAUCGAGGAGCAGUGGUCAGGACAGGACAGCUUCCGUGAACACGGCCACAGGGCUCUGCUCAUCUGGCUGCAUGGGGCCCUGAUGAUGCAGGCCGUGCUGGUCAGGCACCUGUACCAAGACCUGGUCCACACAGGUUUCCAAGAACUAGCUGAAAAGAUCCGUCAAUUCAAAAGUGAAACUAACUCAAAGCCCAAGAAAUAUACAGUUUCAUAAAUGCCUAGAGAAAUUGUAUUUAAAUGAUUUCCCACUCAGCAUCCAGUCCUUUGCCGUUCAGCUCUUGAA